ACAUGAGACAUAGACGCCAUGGAAGUUGUGUUAUCACGAGACAUGGGCGCCAUGAGUAACAACUUAUAUAUGAUCUGCACCGACAGAUAGUAGGCCUUCUCCGAUUUGACGUUCGCCCGCUGUUGUGUACGGCCAAGUUCCAUACAAUCCAUCAAUGUUGACAAAUGUAAACAGAUGAACAGGGCAGUUCCUACGUUGGUCAAGCAGCGUGGCAAAAACAUGGCCGGAGCCUUUUCUGACGAGGGGAUAUGGCAGUAGCAAAUGACCUGACUUUUCAAUCAUGGCGUUCGGAGUGGGCAGAAAUGCAAGGGCUGACAUUACGUACAUGUAACUCACUUGUGUACACGUAACAUACUUGUGUGCAUGUAACACACGUGUGUACACGUAACGUACUUGUGUUCACGUAACACUAGUGGGUAUAUGUAACACGGUGCGGUUUUUAUUUUUAAACCUUAACGCGUGAACAUAGACGGUUUUCUUUGGCCAGAUCACGUCUGUGUCACCUCAUAGUCUUACAAGUGUUUUAUUUUUUGGCAGUGAACAAGGAAAAGUGUACACUAUAGAAUGGUCGUACAGUAGAUAGAUUUGGACAUGUACAAUUCUACUUACAUCCUAUACCUAUAAAUAAUGGGAACAAAUGUAUGACUAACGGCAGUGUCAGUGCGGUUCAUUGACUGUUGAUUCCGUCACUUGAUCGAAGCAACCAAGCCAUGGAUGUAUCUGAAGUUACUGUCAGGAUGAAAUUCUUUGUAUCAUAUUAUAUCCACAAUAUGGCACCGGUACCAGAUACCAGAUAUAACGUCAUUGAUUGAUUUUUCGAGAGAAGUGUAAUUUGGGUUUGGUGAGCAAAACUUUUAUUUUCAUUUCUCAAUUGUUUUUCAAUAAACAUGCUGGUAAAAGUACACAUGUCACAUUGUUAGUCAAAGUAUGUUGCAAGCAUAUUCUAUACUUCAGUCAGUUUAGAUACAUUGAAGAAGCGACACAGUCGAAUUAUAUUCCAUGAUUAGAACAGAUCGUGUCGAGGUCGAUAGGUGACGCUGCUCAAGAUGGCGUACGGACGUACAUGCGCACCAAGCAGGUUAUAACCUUUCGUUAUUCCUGCUGUGCACAACGGUUCUCCCUUUCGGCUGCUGAGGGAUUAACAUUUGCUUCGACAAAUUGUAAUGUAAUUAUACCAAAAGUUUCUCUUCGAGGUUGUGUGAGUGAACAGGAGGCAGACAAAUGACACCUUUUGUAGCAUCAUGGAUGUUUGUCUCUCCAUUUGUUGCUGGAUCGGUAGCAGAAAUCAAUAAUAGACACACGUCUGCUGUGGCCUAGUUACCUGUGCCAUCUGUACCUUACCAGUCGUUCUGUGUAACCGAUGCUACAUGUAUAUCUGUUUUAGCGCUUAUCUGCAUUCUCAGCGGGGUUUUGUACAUCAGCAGUAUAUGGUGCAUCUGUAUUCCACACGUACUUCCUAAAGCCGAGGCAAAUGUCGCUGCUGCCGCUGAGUCUCCGUCAGUGCGAUGGCGCCGAGAGAUAAACAAGGUUACAGGAAAGAUCAAGCACGAGGGACGUGCAAGGCUACACAAUAGAGCAGCAUCAGAAUCCUCAGGGGUCUUAGGUGGUACAAUCAAUACAAACAUUCACCAAAGCAUAAAAUAUAAAUGGGACGAGAUCAUGACAUAUUAUCUGGACAACCAUCUAAAAGAACACAAACAGUUUUACAUUUCCGAACGAGGCCGAACAUCUGGUGUUGUUUCCCCGGGCGACUGUUCAUAAGCGCAUAUUUCCCGCUUCAUUGAGCGCAGAUCGGCCUCCCUGUAAUCAUGCACCGAACAGCAGUGUCAGCCUGCCGUAAACUGUCCUGAAAACCUCUACUUAAACCUACAUAGCAAAUCUUAGCAAGACAUUAAAACCAGUACAGAAAAUAUUACCCGUUAAAACGGACAUUAAAAAGGGACACAGCAAAUCUUACUCAGGCAGUAAACCUAUUCCAGGUUGUUUGAGUAACAUAAACCUGUAAAGCAGAUCUAUUCCAGAUAGUAAAACUGCCACAGCAAAUCUAUUCUAGAUAGUAGAAACUUCACAGCUAAUCUUUCCAGAUAAUCUGCCUAGCAGAUCUAGUCCGGAUAGUAAAGCGAUUCAGCACAUCUAACCCGGACAGCAAAUCUUUUCUAGACAGUAAAACCGGCAUAGCAAAAAACCUAAACCAGACAAUAAAACCGGCACAGCAAACCAAACCCAGACAAUAAAACCGGCAUGGGAAAACCUAACCUGGACAAUAAAACCGGCACAGCAAAUCUAACGUUAGCCCGGGUGGUAAAACCGAACAGCAAAUCUAUUCCAGAUAGUAAGACCGGCACAGCAAUCCUAACCCAGACAAUAAAACCGGCAUAGCAAACCUAACCCAGGCAAUAAAACCAGCACAGCAAACCUAACCCAGACAUUAAAGUCGGCACAGCAAACCUAACCCAGACAGUAAAACCUGAAUAGUGAAUCGAACCGGGCAGAGUUACGCCCCUUUAUGUCCAGCCACGGUAGAGUAACGCCUCUUUAUAUGAGUCAUUGUUGAGUCAGGUUUAGCGCUUGUUGUUUUCAUGGUUGUCACAGGGAAGCAGUUCCUGGUUGUGUUGAAUGAGGAUCUGCUUGAUUUAAUGGCUAGAGUAAACACUGUGGGUGCACAGAAUGGGUCCGGUGGCGUUCCAUUAGCUAAGUGCCAUUUGUUUGGCGGUCCCUGCUCUACUGAUGAGGUUCCGGGGAGGGUACCACAGGGCGCCAUGCGAGGCGCACAAAGUCGCUAGCGACACGUGGCAAACUUAAAGGUCACUUUUUUUGCCAGGAAAUGACGAUCUGAUCAGGUUAUAUGGCGAGUCACGGCCGCCUUGCUGUCAGGCUCAGUUUGCGGGAAGCCGGGGGCUGAAAACGAUCCCGUCUGACUCUGACCGCAUUAAGAAGUGCUUUAGACUAAAUUGAAAAGGCUUCCGUAAAUGGACGCCGCACAUCUGAACCGCUACGUAAUCGAUCCCCGGUGAUUGUGGGAGGAAAACUGAGCGUCAUAAUCAUCAACAUGAUGAGGUCAGACGUCCAUAUUCCUCAUUCACGGCGAUUCCGGGAAGAACGACAGUUUUCUGCUUCACGGGGCCAUAAAAUUAGUUUUCCCUGCAGCCCUGCCCGGUCGGUAUGACAGGAGGUUCCGCUGAUGUCAGGUGAUCUAUAUUCCCUCGUGGACACAGCCCUGCCCAGAGUCAAACUUCACACAGCGGGAGACAGCCGCCAGGUUUGGGGAUGGCACGUCGACGUCGCACAACUCACUCCUGAAAGAGAACUUCCUUUCAAAAUCCAUAUCCCGUCCUCCUCAGCGUGACGGGUCGGGCAUCGACCGGCAGUCUCUCAAGGGCACCCCGGUAAACCGCGUGACGCAGCUCCGGGGUCUCAGCGGGCGGGUGUCGGAGGGGACAACAGGACGGUAGAACGUGUAGAGGUGAGGAGGACGACUGCACCUGGAGGACAUACAUCUGUAAGGCACCUGUACAACACCUGAGACCCACUAUGGCACAGUGGUUCGUCACCUGUCUGCUUACAGCUGUGUUGGCAGGGAGAGUUGUGUUGAGUGCUGAGUCGGAGGAGCGGCUGGUGACUCGUCUGUUCAACUCCUCCCGGUACAACCCGAUGAUCCGCCCAGCACAGUUCCCCACAGAGAUCGUCACGGUGAAAUUCUACCUCAUCAUCUCACAGCUCAUCAGCGUGAAUGAAAAAGAGGAAGUCAUGAAAACGAACGUGUGGCUAGCCCAGACGUGGAUGGACUACAGACUGAUGUGGAACAAAGAGGAUUACGAUCACGUCCAGGUCAUCAGAGUCCCUUCUGAAUCCGUUUGGAAGCCGGACAUUGUUCUCUUUAACAAUAAGGACGGCCAGUAUGACGUGGCUCUCUACACCAAGGUUCUAAUCUACGACGAUGGGAAAGUGGAGUGGCUCCCUCCCGCCAUCUACCAGAGCUCCUGUGCGAUAGACGUGCGGCACUUCCCGUUUGACAAGCAAAACUGCACCAUGAAGUUCGGCUCCUGGACCUAUAACGGCGACGAGGUGGACAUCGUGCUGGACUAUGCAGAAGCUGUCAUGGACGACUUCAAACUGAACGGAGAAUGGGACAUCAUCAAGUCUCCCAGCAGGAGGACCUUGGAGGGGGACGAAGUCUAUGUUCAUUAUGACUUUGUUAUCAAACGAAAGCCCCUGUUUUAUAUUAUCAACUUGAUAAUUCCCUGCAUCUUGAUCUCGUCCCUGUCGGUGCUGGUGUUCUACCUGCCGUCCGACUGUGGGGAGAAGAUCACACUCAGCAUCUCCGUACUGCUGGCCCUGACUGUGUUCCUGCUGCUGAUCGCAGACAUCAUCCCCUCCACUUCUCUGGACAUCCCGCUCAUCGGUCGGUACCUCAUGUUCACCAUGAUCUUCGUGACUUUCACCACGGUGACGACGGUGUACAUCCUGAACGUGCACCACCGCACGGCAAGCACGCACGACAUGCCCACGUGGAUCAGGAUCGUCUUCAUCAAAGUCCUGCCCAGGAUCCUGUGCAUCAAGAGGCCUGCUGAGGAGGUGGUGGACGCCAAGGAGGGCGCGAUCAGAACAUCGCUGUACCACAAGCCGAGAGAAGACGCGCUGGAGAUGAGGAAGAGGAACGGGAUGAUGACUGAAGGAGGGCGGGGCUUUGGAGCCAUCUCGAGGAGCUCCACGUCCAGCCCCAGCAUGCAGCAGACGGAAAGGCGCCACCUGGCGCCCGAGCUCGAGGAUGCAGUCAGACAUGUGAAGUACAUCGCAAACUUUUUCAAAAGUCAAGACGAUGACUCAGAGGUCAGCGACGAGUGGCGCUUCGUUGCCAUGGUGAUCGACCGGAUCUGCCUGUGGCUGUUCUUGAUCGUCUGCGUGCUUGGAACUCUGGGAUUGUUCAAGGAGCCACUCUUCUAUGGGGAUGACGACUGAUUGCGUGACGGAUUUUGGGAUUGUUGGGAUUAAGGCAUGGCAUGAGAGAUUGUUUACGAGGCCAUUCUCCCUUUGUAUUGUACGGGGUGGUGGGGGUGGGGGUCCAGCCGCUAUCUCUCCGAUACUAGCGACAGCCAGCGCCGACAGGAGCUAUAGAUUGUUCAUGACUGACACAUAUGGGGCUGUUCAUGGACCUCUAGCUCUGAAUAUACAAGUAAAAAUUACUCCUGACUGUCAUACCGUAGAAUCCUCUAUCGUGUCGCUGACACACUGCUCUGUACGCAGGGUCUUGGGACUGUAUUUCUAAUUCGCGAUUGCGCAAGGAUGGCUGUUCCAUGGCCGUUUUUCAUCGAUUAUCAUAUAUUCAUAUAACAAGUGUCUUGUAUAGACAAAGGCAUUCAUAACCAGCAUCACAGAACAGUUACAACCGUUGCUGUCAAUCUCAUUUGCUGCUACUGAUCGUCUUGUAAGAAAUGUUAAUCACAAUGAUUCAACCAGUUUGUUAUAUUGUGAAGUGCAUAGAUCCGUCACAAACCCGACAGACACAUACUUAACGUCCGUACCCUUGAGACCCAUGACUGUCUCUUUAUUCAAAUUGCCUCGGUGUUGGAUGAUUACCAGAGGCUAAGUGCAGAUAUGCAGUACCGAUAGUUAUCGCAAGGUACCCUUGAUACAAUGGCCGAGUUCAGUGUUAUAGUGGAAGCGAUGAAGUUUGAAUUUGUACAUAAAACAAAUACUUUGACAAGAAAAUCUGAAGAAGUUAACAUGGCAGAUAAAUACUAGUACGAGAUGCGCAUAUCUUGCGUCUGGUAGCCUGUGAUCACUCGUUAAGGAAGUGUGUGCCGUCGUGAGGUUAAGUAGCAACAGCUGCUUCGCACUUGGGAAAUCGUGUAAGUGACUAUAGCAUAUCCAUGUUCGUAAGGAAAGAACAUAUAAAUAUGUAACAUGUACAAAGAUUACCUGCGUGUCUGUAAUAUUUUAGACGAUAGCACAGGGGCUAUAAUUAUAAACAGGUCAUUUUUGAAAGGCGUCUUUGUGGAUUUAUUGACCUUGCUGGCAUUCCCGACAUGAAGACCAUAUUGACAGGCAAAGCGGGUAGGAUAUUCCACCGUGGUUCUUCACUUUCUACGCACACUUUUGUUUGUGACUAUCAUAUUGAUGUAUUAUAUUGUGGAAAAAUUACAAGCAACGCGUCUGAAGUUUGUCAUGUGCAUAAAAGUGAUUCAUCACUUUUGACUCGCCCCCAACUCGUGCGGUGGCAAGAAACAAACCUGUCGAUAUUGUAACCAGAAAUGAUGUG